CGGAAUCAUAUCAGCCCGUCUUCAUUUUGCUUGUUAGUUUGAAGGUCUGUAAAAGUUUCAAUAAUUUCUGUCAGUCUCAUGAAUUCAGAUCAGUUCUUGUUCACUUAAUUUUACGUUUUACUGAACUUUGUUGGAAGCGUGUGAAAGAUGGUCAGGUACAGCAAUCUCAAGGCUCAAUAUGAAAUAGAAAAGACAAUUGGUUGUGGAGGAUUUGCAAAGGUUAAACUUGCAACGCACUUGCUAACCAGGGAGAAAGUGGCUAUCAAGAUAAUGAACAAGUCAGGACUUGGGGAUGACCUUCCUAGAGUACGUCAAGAACUGGAAGCGUUGAAGAGGCUUUCACAUCAUCACAUAUGUAAACUGUAUGAAGUCAUUGAAACUGAUACUCAUAUAUUCAUGGUAAUAGAGUACUGUGCUGGUGGUGAACUGUUUGAUCACAUUGUGGAACGCAACAGGCUGACUGAGGCAGCGGCUCGCUCUUUCUUCAGGCAGAUAAUCUCAGCUGUUGCGUACCUGCACGAGCAGGGGUAUGCACACAGAGAUCUAAAGCCUGAAAAUAUACUACUUGACAAGAAUCAGAACCUGAAACUGAUUGAUUUUGGACUCUGUGCCAAGCCAGCAGGAGGCCUGGAGUCACACCUCUUAACAUCCUGUGGAUCUCCAACAUAUGCAGCACCAGAACUGAUUCUGGGCAAGCAGUACCUAGGUUCUGAAGUUGAUAUCUGGAGUAUGGGUGUACUGCUUUACGCAUUGCUGUGUGGAUUUCUACCAUUUGAUGACGAGACUAUUGACAGCCUUUAUAAGAAGAUAUUGUCAGGACGAUACCAUGAACCAGAAUGGCUGUCAAGGAACAGCAAAGACCUUAUUAAAUCAAUGUUACAAUUAGACCCAAAGCAAAGAAUCACAAUUAAAGAGCUCCAGAAUCAUCCUUGGGUUUUGACUGGCUACGGAGAACCUGUUGCCUCAGAAAGUCUCAUUGAUUUUCAUGAAAUGGAUCGCACGUGUGUUGGCAUUAUGGCCCAUUACCAUGGAAUAACGUGGGAAGAAAUGUGGUCAUCACUGAGUAAGUGGCCUUAUGACUACAAUACUUCCACUUAUCUUCUCCUUCUUGCAAAGAAGAAACGUGGUUCUCCUGUAAGGUUAUCUCGUCCGACAUACCGUGUUAAGGGUUGUGACGAUAGACUCCAAGGAAUGGAAGAUUCACCUGUCAGAAUUCCAAAAACAGCAAAUGCGAGGCUGAAAGAGACAUAUGUGGUUGUUGCAAACGAAGAGAGAACAACUGAGAAGUUGACAGCAAAAUCUCUUCGAAAGAAAGCUGCCAAUCCUGAUCAAGCUAUGUGUGAUGGAAAAGAAAAUAGCAGUGGUUUCUCGGAGCCUGUUGCUCCGACACCACAACGGAGAGCCCACAAGAGGUACUGGAGCCCAGGACUGCAAGAACCUCCUUCUCCUGUUCCAAAGAAGAUGACACCUGGGUCUGAAAGGGAGAGCCAAGAUUCUACCUUCCACUGCAAUUUACACCCCGGAGGCGGCGGCGGCGAGGCCGGCGAGGAGGCGGCGGCGGGCAGCGGCGGCGGCAGCGGCAGCAGCAACGCGUCGACGCCCUGCGCCACGACGCCGCGGUGCGCGCGCAAGGUGCUGGGCGGGCUGGAGCGCAGCCUGCAGCGCGUCAGGCACGUGCUGACACCGCGCAGGGCCCGGGACCGCGACAGGGACAGGCCCUGCCUCCUGGCCGCCAAGAAUGUGUGUAACGUGUCGACGAUGACGUACAACGACCCGGAGCGUGUUCGCAGUGAGCUUCUGCGCAUGCUCGUCGACAGGGGCUUCGACUGCAAGCAGAAGGGGUGGGUGGUUCGCGCCAAGCAGCCGCGGCUGUCCUUCGAGCUGGAGGUGUGCCUGGUGGCGCCCUCCGCAGACGCGGAGUGCGUGGUGGCCGUGCGGCGCAAGCGCCUCCGCGGCGACGCCUGGAGCUACAAGCGCGUCUGCGAGCAGGUGCUCGCCCUGGGCGACGGCUAGCGCCGGCUGCCUGCCUGCCCAGCUCCCUCGUCAAGUCUAGUCUUCCCAGACACUUCCACAAUGUUUCCUACAUCACUGUAGCCUACAAUAUAUUUUGAUGAUGUGAGGCGCCCCUGUAAAUUUUACGUAGUAUUCUCUAAUUCAUCAGUUAUUUUCGCGCUCUAAACCUAUCUACGGCAGACUUAUCACUAAAGUCUUCCAGGUUUUAAUUACACGGAAAUAAUAUCUUCGAGCUCCAGUGAUAUAAUUCACUCUAAGAGUUUCAGAAAAUAUUUUCCAACUUUUGCUGUUUUAAUUCUCUAAAUAUUUUCAUGACUGCUGCACUUUUAAAUAUUUCCAGUCCUCUGUAUUUAUACAUGUCAUAUAUAUUCCAUUAUUUCCCUUAAACAGGUCCUCUAAUUUCUACGUUUCAUAUUUUUAUACAAUUUACGUAUCUACCUGGUUUUGUUGCUAAACUUCCUUUUUUUGUUUUGUUUAUGUAAGCUUCGUGUAAUAGUUGGACUUCGUACUGAGGCAUACUCGCAAGCCUGUAUAAAACGUGUUAAAUUCGUACUUCCUCUGAAAGUUAUUUAUGUAACAAUAUCACAUUUUGCAGCGUAAAACGUGACCUGGUGCUGUAUGACGCAGCUAAGUAUGUUUUUGACGUGGUAUUGAGAUUGCUAUGGGGCCAGUUUUAUUUUUAAUGGCUCGGUUUUCUCAUGACGUGGCUAUUCUAAAGGCAGGUGUUGCGAAAAGGUUGGUAAACGAAUCGCUAUCAGUAUUUCUCAACAAUUUUAUCAGAAAUUCUUUAUAAUUUUUUCCUUCUUGGUACAGAAUAUAUAUUUUUAUUCUUUUGGUGUGUCAUAGUGUUAAUAAAUAGUAUUAUAUAUUCAUAGAUUUAUAUAUUUAGUUUGUAAAAGGAUUUGGAUGUGUAAUAUUUCUAAUCUGUGUCACAUGUUCUAAAUGAAGACACUAACAUUACUUUCUGUUCCUAAUAAAAUUUCAUGCUACUGUGA